GUUGGAUCGACGUGAUGAAAGGAACGGUCGCAAGUCCUCGGAUUUUGCCAGCAACAACCCAUCCAACUCCUACUCAGACAUGCCCUCAUCACUGCGCCUGCAGAGAGACGGACGUCGACUCUAAAACUCUUAACACUUCGAUACUGAUACAGGGGUGUCCAAGUCAGUGGCACAGGGAGCCAAACUCAAAUCACGCUUAAGGGAAUAUUACAUGCUGCUGGUAUCCCUGUCUUGAAAUAAAGCCCUUACAAAUUUGACUUAACAUUGAAAUGACACAUUUGGUGGGACACAGACUGAGAAAAAAGAUUCAAAACUCACAUUUUAUUACAGUCCUUAGCCAACAGAGGAAAAAUGAGGGUCGCAAAAUGACGAAAAUUUAGAAAACAAGGAGUUUAUUUCUCCAUUAUUUGUACACCAAUCUUCAAAUUUUGUGAAUAAAUAAAACAAAGAAGAUCAAAACCUAUACAACACAGAUUUUCAAUCCUUAAGGUUGCGGAUCGAACUGGAUCUACAUUCACUGGGCAGUGGAAAACCAAAUCUUUUUAAAAACAAUACUGGUAAUCUGAAUUAAAACUGAUAAAAGUUGGAAAAAAAAUUUUUUAAAUCAAGGCUUAAUUUCUGCUCUAAUGCCAGAUUAUCAGAGCUGGAUGUUUGGCAUCUUUUCCUGGCGAUAAGGUAGUUUGUGUUUGCAGCGGAGUAGGGUUCUGCAUUAUAAAAAUUCUCAGGAUGGGCUGCCAAUAAUUCUGUCAUGGGUCAGAUUAAUUGUUCGGCAGGCUGGAUCUGGCCACCAGGCCUUGAGAUUGACACCUGUGCUCUAACCCGCCACUUUUGCUAAUUCUUUUUCGGCCAAAAAAAAUUUCCUUUCCUUUCAUCUCAGAUCAUUAGCGUUGUUGUACUACUGCAAUAAACCAUUUGACAGCAGGAACAUUGAUUGUCACAAUUGUGUAUCAAGCUUAAAGGUCUGUUAAGUUGUGAAAUGAAUGUUGGUUUGAAGAAAGCUACACUCGUAUGAGGAAAAUUGUUAUAGAUAAUAGUCUUGAUGUUUACUUGACAAACACGAAUAAAACUGGGUUUUAAAAAUGU